UUCAGGCAAAAUAUUUGCCUGUUGUAGCGAAAGUGACCCAUUACAAAUCUUAAAAUAAGUAUGAUUAAAGUUGUUUAACAUUUAUUUUAUGUAAGUUAGUUAAUUAUGGUCUUUAGCACCAUUUUUGGGUACUUUGGGACAUAUCAUUCAUCCAGAUAUAUAAUGAGCUAUGUCUGAUCUAUUGUUAUUGACCUUUGGAUUCAAAACCUGUGUAUUUUAUUCUACCAUGUGAUAAUUUCUUUCUUUUUAGUUUUUUCUUUUUAUUUUCUUUUAAUAUGCUCCCCUGAUGACUUAUAUUUAUAAUGGAUGAGGUGCUAUUUCGAAGUUCACAGAAAUUGGAAAGCCUGCAGUAUCAGCUAGGCAUAGCUGCAACAGAAGGAAAGAAAGCAGUUAUUCAGUAUUCAAAUCAAACUAAAAAUGUAAUCAUUAAUUCACUGAAUAGUCCAAAGUCUGUACAAAUCCAAGAUUCCCUGAAACAUGUUUGGUAUUAUAUUGUAAAUGUUGCUGAUGAACUUAAAUGCACAAUUUUAUUCCACGUGAACCCUAGAAAGAUAUUUUAUAACUUGCAAAGAGUAUUUGGUGGAAACUGGACUUCAAGAGAAAUUUAUUUUGGUUGCGCUGGAUUAAUAAUUGGUGGAAUCAUCGGCGUUGGAAUUGGGAUCGGAUUACAAAAACAUACUGUUUCUAGAUAUACACCAGCUGUGCAAUGUACAAAUUACAUAGGAAUAGAAGGAGCCACAUAUGUCGAAGAUGCGAUCACGAAAAAUUCUUGCGAUCUCAAUGAAGUCCUCGUCGUUGUCAAAGCUGGAUCUGUGCAAAUCGUAGAUGCAGACAUUUGCAGGGGAUACGGCAAGACUCUGAGAUCUUUAUUAUCGAAACAUUAUCAGUAUUCCAAUCAUGGCUUACCGGUGACACUAGGAAGAGAUUGCGUGGGCAUUGUAACUGAAAUCGGGCAAAAUGUUAAGAGAUUUGAUAUAGGCGAUGAAGUAUGGUUAACAGCACCAUUCUGGGCCCCUGGAGCUUUAUCCCACAUGGUGUAUGCUCAUGAACAUCAAGUAGCCAAGAAACCCACAUCGCUGGGAUUCGAGAAAGCCUGCAGUUUUCCGUAUUCCGGUAGUUUGGCUCUGGCAGCUCUGGAACAAGCCAAUUUAAGUGAAGACAAUUGUGCGGACAAAAAAAUAUUCGUGCAAGGCGGUUGCACUCCAGUCGGUUGUGUACUUAUACAAAUUUUAAAGUAUUGGGGUGCAAAUGUAACCACCACAUGCUUCAUACGAUCGUUGCCUGUUGCGAAAGCCUUGGGAGCAGACGACGUGAUCAUUCUUGAGGAAUCCGAAAUAAAAACGAAAGCUGCAGUUAAUAUUCAACUGCCCGAAAUAUCCUCGAAUAGUUUGAUAAAGGAACUCGAAUUGAGAGAUAGAUUCGACGUGAUAAUUAAUACACGAAAUUGCGGAGUUAGCAAUUUGGAGUUCAAGCAGUACUGCGAUUAUUUGGUUUCAACUUUAAACAGCGAAUUGACGUCCGAUUCGUACGGAUUUGUACUAAAAUCAUUGCUAAAGGCCUACAUCCACAUUAAAUGUUUCGUACAGAAAUACCGAGGUUGCGAAAUUUACGACUUCGGGGAAAUCCAUAUGUGCCACGAAUCGCUGGAUAAGCUUAACGAAUUUGUAGAUUUGGGCGUCAUCAAACCAUUAAUUGAUAAAGUAUUCACACCACAAGACAUCGAUAAAGCUUUGUAUCAUAUACAAUCCACUAUGUCAAUAGUGUACAAACUGUCCAAGGCAGGUUGAGAUUGAAUUCCCUUCGAUCUCUUUAUUUCGCCAGUGGUUCUCAAUCCACGC